AUGGACGCCAGCUGCCAAUGCGGAGCUGUUAGCUUCAAGACGCCGACCGAGAAGCCCCUGGCAUUGUACAUAUGCCACUGCCACGACUGCCAGCGCCAGGCGAGCUCGGCCUUUGGCGCGUCGGCCAUCUUCCCCAGGUUCCAAUUGCCGGACGCCGAGCUGCUGAGCUGCUACAAGCGAGCGACUUCCACGGGACAGACCAUGUUCUGGACCAAGUCAGCCAUGGUCCCCAUUCCAGAGGGGUCUGAGACGUACUCGGAGGAAUCGGACCUCGCCGAGUACAGCGACGGGAGCCCGGGGUCACUUGACAAACCGAUUGGGCUCGCUGGUUAG